AUGCUUGAGUCAUGCUACAGCCACACAUUGGGAAGCCCUGCCAUCUUCUUUCUUGUGGGCAUUCCAGGUUUGCAGUCCUCACACCUUUGGCUGGCUAUCUCACUGAAUGCCACGUACACCACAGCCCUGUUAGGAAACACCCUCAUCAUGACCGUGAUAUUCAUAGAUUCCACUCUCCAAGAGCCUAUGUAUUGUUUCCUGUGUCUUCUGGCUGCUGUGGACAUUGUUAUGGCUUCCUCUGUGGUACCCAAGAUGGUGAGCAUCUUCCGCUCAGGAGACGGCUCCAUCAGCUUUAAUGCUUGCUUCACUCAAAUGUAUUUUGUCCACACAGCCACAGCUGUGGAGACAGGGCUGCUGCUGGCCAUGGCUAUUGACCGCUAUGUAGCCAUCUGCAAGCCCCUACAUUACAAGAGGAUUCUCACAGCCAAAGUGAUGCUGGGAGUGAGUGUGACCAUUGCACUCAGGGCUGUCUUGUUCAUGUCUCCCUUGAGUUGGCUGCUGAGUCAUUUACCAUUCUGUGGCUCCAACGAGGUUCCCCAUUCUUACUGUGAGCACAUGGCUGUGGCCAAGUUGGCAUGUGCUGAUGCCAUGCCCAGCAGUCUCUACAGUUUAAUUGGUUCCUCUAUUGUUGUGGGCUCUGAUGUGGCCUUCAUUGCUGCCUCCUAUGUCUUGAUUCUCAGGGCAGUAUUCCAUCUUUCCUCAAAGAAUGCUCAGCGGAAGGCACUAAGCACAUGUGGCUCCCAUGUGGGUGUCAUGGCCCUAUACUAUCUACCUGGGAUGGCAUCUGUCUAUGUCGACUGGCUAGGGAGGGAUACAGUGCCCUUGCACAUCCAUGUACUUUUAGCUGACUUGUACCUGAUUAUUCUUCCCACUUUAAACCAAUAUUAUGGUAUCAAGAUUAAACACAUAUGUAAGAAAACAUGGCAUUUGCUGAUGUUCCUCUUUGUCACUCUUAUCAAGUUUCAUGAAUGCAAAUCUGUUCAGACCUUUAACUCCCCAACUGGCUUCAAAGAUGAUCUAGAGGAAAAUUGA